AUGGCCGUCCUUCCACUUGCUGCUGCUGUAUUAGCAGUAGCUCUCUUCAUAAAAUACCUUAUCGACCCAUUCCUCUCACCCCUCCGGUCAAUCCCCGGCCCCAAAUCAUUCGCAGCAACAAAAUGGCGUCUCGCCUACGAAGACUGGAAAGGCACACGCACCAGCACCAUAAACGCCCUACACAAACAAUACGGACCUGUAGUUCGCAUCGCGCCGAACGAAAUCUCGUUCAACAGCCUUUCUGCGCUGCGCACCAUCUAUGGUCCCGGCAGUCGCUUCGGCAGAACUAGUUUCUACCGCAUGUUUGAUGUUUAUGGUGAACAGAAUCUGUUUACGUUUCAUUCACCCAAGGAUCAUGGUGAGAGGAAGAAGUUGUUGAGUCACGCGUAUUCGAAAACUGCUGUUCUUAAGCCUGCUACCGCAAGAAUGAUUGAGCGACAGGCAUGGCGGUACUUGAAUCUCAUCGAUGCCGAACCAGAGGGCGUUAGCGAGAUUUUCAGUACGCUGCAUUACUACAGUUUGGAUAACAUCACGGCUUUCGUUUAUGGAAAAUACGGUGCUACGGCUGCUAUCCGUGGAUCCAAGAUUCACAGGAAUCUCAUUUCGGAUAUUCUGCAUCCUAGUCGACGACGUUUGAGUUGGUGUAUUGUGCACUUGAAGGGCUUCACGCAGUGGCUGUAUCGCCAGUCGAGUUUUAUGGGAGCGUUGGUUAAGCCUGUUUUGCCGAUGCAGCAGCCUACGACAUAUACAGGUAUUCGAGCUUAUGCUUUGUCGGCGUUUAAACAGUUUCGCGCUGAGGCUGAGGCGCAAGAGAUUGAGUUUACAGAAGGUAAGUUAUCCAAAUCUUUGGAAGAAUGGGAACUGACGGGCGCAGAUGAGCAUGUUUCUAUCCUUGAACGACUCUGGCAAUAUCACGAAACUCAAAAACCAGAUGGAAUGCGCGAUUUGCAAAUGGCGUCCGAAUGCGCAGACCAUUUCCUAGCUGGCAUCGAUACAACAAGCGACACACUAAUGUUCCUAAUCUGGUCCCUCUCCCUCCCCAGCAACGAGAAAUUCCAAGCCAAGCUCCGCGAAGAAGUGUCUGCGAUCCCCGCUGAAUCCCUUAACAAACAAGGCAUUCCCAAAGCCGAAGUCGCCGACAAAUGCGUUUAUCUCCAAGCUGUCAUCAAAGAAACUCUACGUCUGUACGCACCGCUUCCUAGCACUGAACCGCGCUCUACUGGUGAAGACACAACUAUCGAUGGAUAUGUUAUUCCGAAAGACACGGUUGUUGGAAUGUCGCCUUGGAUCAUGCAUCGUAAUGAAGAUGUUUUUGCGGAUCCGCUUGUUUUUGAUCCGGAGAGGUGGUUGGGUGAGAAGGCUGGUGAGUUGAAUCGAUGGUUUUGGGGAUUUUCUUCUGGUGGACGGAUGUGUAUUGGCAUGCAUCUUGCUAUGGCUGAGAUGACGGUUUUGUGUGCUGCGUUGUACAGAGAGUAUAACACUACCAUCGCACCCGGCUUCGAGGAUACGAGUCCUGCUAUUACAGCUCGAGUCGAGACUUUCUACGAUGAACGAUUCCCCAAGGUCAAGGAAUCUACUUGUCUGGUCAAGUUCGAAAAGUUGAAGAAGUAG